AGUCCGCCAAAUUUUUGGUUGGGCAGAAUUCUGAGUCACCAGCAGUGCACUUGAUGGCAUCCAUUGCCCUUCAAUGCAGGCCGCCAAAGCUUAGGAAAGACUUGAGUAGGAUUGUCUUGUUGCGCGCCUUUUCAUGAUUGUCUGUACCCAGACCGCCGCCUCCACUUCUCUUCUCCGCGCAGCUUUUUCCUCUCGAACUUUUUCCAGAACUCGAAGUCUUUUGUGCACCUCUGUGCCCCACCACGUCAACAACCACACCCCAACGCCCAUUUUCGUAUCCUCGCCCGGCCGCGCCGUUCUUGAUCGCACCUUUCGCACCUUAUUUUCCCACCAAACUCGCAGAUUCGCAGCCAUGAGUACCCACGGUGCUAUCGACAGGCUGGCGACAAUGGUUGCGGGCAUGACCGUCGAUUCCAUCGCCGAGAAGUACCCGAAUACCUUCCCCGCCAUCAACCCAUUCGAUCUCUACCGCGGACAUCUCGCCAACGUGCUUGGCGAUAUCACCGGCGUCGACACCAAGAUCAUCUAUCCGAAUCUGUCAUGGACUCUAAGUCUCGAUAAAGGCGACCUGGUCUUGGCUGCUCCGUCGCUCAGAAUCAAGGGCAAGAAGCCCGACGAGCUGGCAAAAGAGUGGGCCGAAAAGUUCCCCGAGAACGAUCCCUUUUUUGACAAGCCGGUUGUGAUCAAUUACUUUCUGAGCUUCUACGUCAAGGGCACCCCGCUUGUCAAGGCUGUAAUCCCCUUGGUGCGCCAGUUGGGUGCUGACUACGGGCGCAACGCGAGCCUCGGUCUGAGGGACCCCAAAGAUCCCAGCAAGGGCAAAAAGCGAAUAAUCGUCGAGUUUUCCUCUCCCAACAUCGCGAAGCCCUUCCACGCCGGUCACCUGCGGAGUACAAUCAUUGGCGGUUUCAUCGCAAACGUCUACGAAGGAGCGGGGUGGGACGUCACCCGUAUAAACUAUCUGGGAGAUUGGGGGAAGCAGUAUGGCCUCUUGGCUUUAGCUUUUGAGAAAUACGGCGACGAGGAGGCGCUGAAGGCAGACCCCAUCAACCAUCUGUUUCAUCUUUACGUUCGGAUCAACUCGGAGAUGACGGCCGAGAAGGAGGAAACCGAGAAGCGGAAGCUGGCCGGAGAGGACGUCGCGGAACUAGAGGCCAAUAGUCUGGAUGAGCAGGCCCGUCGGUAUUUUAAGAAGAUGACAGAGAAGGACGAAGCUGCUCUGGCUCAAUGGAAGCGGUUUCGAGACCUCAGCAUCACCCGGUACAAGCAAACCUAUGCGCGUCUCAACAUCAAUUUUGACGAAUACAGUGGCGAGAGCCGGGUAAGCGAGAACUCCAUGGAGAAAAUUGGGAAAGAGAUGGAGGAGAAGGGUAUCUGCAAAGAGGACAAGGGCGCCAUGCUCGUCGACUUCACCGCACUGGUUCCCGGGAAAGAAGGCAAGCGCUUGGAAAAGCCGAUUGUCAGGAAGAAGGAUGGUACAGCAUUGUACUUGACGCGGGACAUCAGCGAGCUUCUUGCGCGGCACGAAAAGUACAACUUCGACAAGAUGAUUUACGUUGUGGCGUCAGCUCAAGAUCUACAUCUAAAGCAACUCUUUAAGAUCAUUGAGCUGCUUGGACACAAGGAAAUUGCAGAGAAGUGCCAGCACGUCAACUUCGGCCUAGUUCAAGGAAUGAGCACUCGGAGGGGUACGGUCAAGUUCCUCGAUGACAUCCUGAGAGACGUUGCCGACAAGAUGCACGAGACCAUGAAGAAGAACGAGAACAAGUACUCCCAAGUCGCGGACCCCGAAGGAACUGCCGAUAUCCUUGGUAUUAGCAGCGUCAUGGCUCAGGAUAUGACUGGAAAGAGGAAUAACAACUACACAUUCAACAUGGACGCCAUGACCUCGUUCGAAGGCGAUACUGGGCCGUACUUACAAUAUGCGCAUGCCCGUGUCACUUCCAUCAGGCGCCGGGCGGAUCUCACUGACGAGGAUCUCGCCGACGCGGAUUUGACGCUGCUUUCCGAGCCCCAUGCUGUCAACAUUGUCCGCCUACUCCUCCAGUGGCCUGACACGGUUCAGACCACGGUGAAGACGCUUGAGCCCACCACUGUGCUCACUUACUUGUUCAAGAUGACGCAUGCGCUAAGUAGCAGCUACGACCACCUCCAAGUAGUCGGGAGCGAACGGGAGUUGAUGAAGGCUCGUAUGGCACUGUACGAUGCUGCGCACGUCGUGCUAGGCAACGGAAUGCGGCUUUUAGGGUUGAAUCCGGUCGAUCGCAUGUAAACUCUACUAUGUAUGCCCGUUUUUUUUGUGGCAGAACGAUGUCCGUACCAGCCACUGACUUGCAUGGGGAUUGUUCGGUCCUCGGCCCUUGCGAGGGAUGCUACGACGAAGUUGAGAGACCGUUAAGAAAGCAUGUCCGUUACAUCGUUCUGGCAACUUUACGGUGGGAAGCGUCUUGGAAUUAUUUCUACGGCUUAUUACCGGUUGGUCACUGUCCGAGGAUCACACUGUUGAUGAGCUUAUCCCACGAGAUAUGGUGUCUCAUCCGCAUCCAGCCUAUGGGACCAUUCCCGGCUCUUACGGCUCAACUCAGAGUCCAGAGUUUUAAAUACCGUAGUCAAAUGCUGUCUAUAUUGGCAACUUG